AGUCACUGUGAUGCUGCAGACAGUGGAGGAGAGGAGGAGAAAGUGGCUCAUUUCAAGGCAUGCUUUAAGAGAGACGCUUCACCUUCAUCCGUCUUCACUCCCAAAAGGAGAGAGGGAAAAAACGUUUAGGUUACUUUUCAAUAUUCAAACAGACUUAAAGGAAAGUGGUCUGGAUCGAGCCGGGCGACAGGAGGUCCUCUGACUAAUUUGCUGGUCCUCCUUGGAUGUAUCAGAGAGGAGGGGAGCUUUUCUUUGGAAAUGAUUCAAACGGCGGAUGUGAAGGAAGAGCUGAACAUGGCCAUCAACACGGACGCCGACUUCCAGAAGUCCAACUUGGGUGAGGGUGGAGGAGGCGCGCCGCCUUUGGACUCCCAGGAGACGGAGAAGCUGCUGGCGGUGACCACCGAGCCUGGAGUGAAUGGGAUGAAGAUGUCCACCUCCUUCACGGUCAACAUGGGCGGCGACAAGGACCUGGAGGCCGACCAGAAUGGCCACAGCGUCGCCGUGAGAUCGGGCUCCGCUGGGCAGCUGGCCGCCGCCGCCCCCCUCUCCCCGUCUAAGGCCAGUCUGAGUCGCUCCUCCACCGGGAACGCCACCGUGCAGGAGACCCCGAAGCCCAGGGAUUACCUCAUCCUGGUCAUCAUGUCCUGCUUCUUCCCCGUGUGGCCCGUCAGCAUCGUCGCACUGGUGUACUCCAUCAUGUCCAGAAACAGUCUCCAGGCGGGGGAUAUGGACGGGGCCAGGAGGCUGGGUCGACUGGCUCGUCUGCUCAGUAUCGUCUCCAUCGUCCUAGGUGUGGUCAUCAUCACAGUCUACAUCUCAUUUGCAGCAUCAAAGUGACACAGAGGACCUGGGGGAGAAAAAUGAACCGUGAAAGCCAAACCACGGAUGCAACAAAAAAAAAAAAAGCCCGUUCCAAAACAAAAGAUGAAAUGCAAUUCCUAACUUUAUGCCAUAUUGUAAUUACAUCAUGACCACCUUCCGAAAGCAAAAAAUGGGCAUCCAAUGAGAGUGGGUGCUGCAGCAAAUAAACUAAUAAAAACUCAGAGAAAAAAAUCAUUCAGAGAUGCAUGCAUUAGAAUCCAGUAACAUUUGCUUGACAAAAAUAAUGAAAAACCUGAUGUAAAAUUGUUCAGGUUAAAACAGAGGGAAAAGAAAAUGCAGAUUUGUAUGUAUUCAGGAGAACUCUUUUUGGAAUAAAGGACUUCUUGAGAUGAAGAGGAUGAUCCCUGCGUGAGGACAGAAUGAGACUUUUUCUAUGUCUGGGAUGGGGCUUGUUUCAAAAACGGAUUUUGGAUUUGGACUUCAAACUUUGGACAGCUGCAUAUAAUCCUCAUAUAUUCCUUACCAAGCCUCCUGCAUUCAAAGCAUAUACAGCUACAAAUAUAUUUGAAAUAUGGAUAUAUUAAUAUAUAUAUAUAUAUAUACAUAUAUAUAUAUAUAUAGAUGUACAUUUUAUAAAAUGUUUGUAUGCCAAGUGGUGCUGGGUUUGUUAAGGCUGUCACAACGGCUGUUUUGUCGGCACUUGGAUUAUCGGUGGAUAUUCAAGGGUUUGUGAAAGGGGGCAGGGAACACAUUUUCAAUUUUUGUUAUUUAUUAUGAUUUUUAUGAACUAAAAAAAAAAAGAGACCACUGCAUGCCUGAAUGUAGAACCAAAUUCCUGCCUUUGUUUCGACUGUUAUUAGUUGUCUCUUUUCUUAUCAUGGAGUCAGAGAGGCAAACAGGUUUGCACAUGGAAGAGCGAUUUGUGUACAUUACGUGUGAAGUCCAGCCACUGAAGAAUGUGUGAGGACUGAGAUUUAACCCUCUAACACCCCCAAUGUCUCCAAGACCUCUUUUACCUUGUUUUGUGUUGGUAGAGACUGACACGCAUGCAAAACCUGCCACCAAUGACUUAUUUUCCAAUCAGUUCCUCUGAUCCUUUUCCACCAAACCUUAGUGGCUGCCACUUCUCAGUUUUGUCUUUGAUCCUUCAUCUUGUACCCUUAAACUCCAUUUUACAUUUCACCUUUUACUACCUUUCUACACCUGUUUUCCAUUACCAUUCCUAAAUUGUGAUACAUUGACUGUUAAAUGCCAUUGUUUCACUGAAUGUUUUUUUCCGCUCCUUGUAUCGGUAUGAAAUGUAUUUAUAUGGGAAAAUAUAUAUGCAAUAUGUACGCAUGCUAUGGGCUUCAGGCUUAUACACAUUUAUUUUUUUGUAAAUGAACAGGCCUAUGAGUUUGACUGAGUAGCAAACAGCAUUUAAAGACUGUUUCUUGGAGAUCUAAGCACAGCAGAUUGUCUGUGUUCAUCACUUUAUCAGAGAAGUCACUGUAUUAUGUCCACUGUGGCUACACUGUUGUAUUGACACAUUACAGGCUUAUGCUACAAGCACAUGCAGAAUCACUGUAAGACCAUGUCACAUUCGUUUAAAUCCAUAACUUUUCUUUCAUCUUUAAUGCUUACAUUUUCAAUUUUUGCAAUUUAAAUCAGGAAUCAUUUGGACCAAGUCCUUUUAAGAUAAAAAUAAAAAGUGAUACCCACAGAAUUUUCUUAAAUUUUACUUAUUUAAGGGCUGAUAUGUUAGUGAAACAAGGAAAACAAUAGCUAUGAAAUAUCUAAAUAAAGAUUAAAUUAAUCAGACUAUGCAGCUAAUUCCUGAGAUUACCAGGCUUGACUGACUCUGCCAAGUCCUAAAAUGAAAAUGAAGUUUAAGGCUGACCAACUGUGAUCUGUUUUAUCAAUUACAUUCCAUCGGUAAAGAUCGGUAAAGAUUUCCCGUUAACUACCAUGAGGAGAUGUUACAUUAUGCCUGAAAUUAGAGUGUGUCAUUUCUGAUGGUCACAACAAAGCCCUGGUAAUGUGUGCUACUGUUCUACUGUUAUUCUCUAAUAUUCCAUUUUUUCAUCUCUGAUAUGAUGGUCGGGAGCUAAAUGUUUAGUCUAAGCACUGUUCUGUCAGUAAAACAGUUAAAAACCUUCAUUUCAUUCUUAUAUGCGACUGUGUUUCUUUUCCAGUAUACUGUAUGCGCCAGUUUUCAUCUCUGUGGUGUACAUUUUGCAUGUCUGGAAUAAACGUUACCAUGCAUGGUCUGAGUUUUGCCUUUGAUGAUGACAGCAGGUAACGAUAUGAAAUUAGUUUAGAGGACAGAACAAGGCUAAGA